CUGGCACUGGUGCCAGAGAACUUCUCUGGCCGAGUCUGGGAAGCCCUGAAGAACGGGAUUGAGAAGGCAAAAUUGGGGCCCACAUAUGCAAGGCGUGCUUCUUUUGAGGGGCGUCCUUCUUCCUGUGGCACGAGCUCAGCGGCUUGGGACCUUCCUGGGACGUCAAGCAAGGCUAAGGGAGUCAGAGGGAGCUAUGGUUGUUUAGUUGGUUCUUUAGACAUUCAGAGAUCUACAACGAGCUGAGGCUUAGAGCUGAAGGACACGCUUUGUUUCUGGUUUCUGCCCCUAUUGCUCUUCUUUAAUACUGGCUAAUCUAGUAGCAACACGAGCACCGCCUUGGAGUUUGAAAACGAUUGUGAAUUGAUCACUGUGAGACCUUUACCUGUCUGUCAUGCUAUAGCGUCUGUCGCCUCUCCAAAUCAGGAGUUUCAACUCACGCUGACACAUAGAGAGAGGCGGCUGCACUACUCCUUGAAAAGACUCGCACGAGUUGGUAGCCGGAAGAUCGGCAAAGCAGCUACAGGGUCCUCCGGGCUGGGGGAAAGAACAUAAGGUUUCUUCGAAAGGUCCUGACAGUACUGACUCUGCUCAAAAGCAUGGAGGUGGCAGUUGCUCGCCCGCUGGCGACUGCCCCUCAACUUUUUGGACGAGCAGCUGGUAGAUGCAGUGCGCAGGCUCCUAGGUCCCCUCUUCUGGAAGGCACCCUGUGCCCAGCCUUUUUCCGAUUUAGCAUUCCUAAGUCCCGCACCUCAACACGUCCGUCCCCCUGCACCCGGGCAAUCCUUGACCGGAGGAGCGGAACAGCAAGUGGAAGCAGCAACGAGGAGAUUCCCCAGGACUAUGCACGUGCUGUCCUUGAGCGCCUCUUCAGGCAGGCUCAGCGGCAUGAGGAGCGGUUGCAGGAUCCAGGGUAUGCGGCAGAAAACGCUUUGGAGGAGGCCGUGACCGAGCUGGAAUUGGACCUGGCUGCGGCGUUGAAGGCACUCAAGUUGAAGGAGAACGAGGUGCGGCAGGCGGAGGAGGCUCUGGCGGCAGAUCGAAAGCAGAUCGAGGCAGCUCGGCAAGCGCUACUGAGCAGGGAGCGGCAGUUUGAGACUGCCAAAGAUACUGAGGAUAGCCACGCCGAGGAGAUUGCCAACUUCCAGCUUGCACUGGAGCAACGCACCAAGGAGGCCGAGGAAGCAACAUCCGCACUGAAGGCGCGUGAUGCUGAGGUCAGGCGUGCGCAGAUGGCGCUCUCCCAGAAGCAGGAUGAGGUUAGCGCAUUGCACGCAAGGCUGGCGGAGCGAGAUGAUGAGGUCAGCAGCUUUGCCGCGGAACUGAAGGUGAAAGAGGGGGAACUACGCGGGGCCAAGAAGAAGGUUGUGGAAGAGGGGAUGCAGCUGAGCAAAGUCAAGGCGGCGCUGACAAAGCGGGAGAAUGAGCUUAGCAGGGCCACUGAAGCGCUCCACGAGCGGACGGCUAAGCUGUAUCAGACUGAAACAGAGCUUCAGCGGAAGGUGGAGAGCUUUUUGGCAGCGCAGGACGAGGUGAAUGCGCUCGAGGCCGCUGUGAAGGGGUCCAACCUGGCGAGCGCAGAGAUGCAGCAAGAACUGCAGGGGGCCAAGGCGCUGCUGCAGGAUGUGCAGAGCGAGUUGGAGUUGUCCCAGAGCGCACUCGCACAGUUCCGGUCCAACGUCCAGAAGCAGGGCGCAACGCUGGCGGACAACGAGAAGGCGAUGGCUGCGAAGAAGCUUGCCUAUGAGAAGCAGACGGCGGAGCUCACCGAGGCGCGGCAGCACCUGGAGAAGGAGCGCCAGAAGGUCAAAGCAAAUCGCGCCGAGCUAGAAAGGCAGGAGAAGCAGCUGAGCGAGCAGCGCCAGCAGAUGGAGAAGCUGCGGACGACCGCCGCCGCCGACCGCCGCAUGGUGCGUGGGAUGGUGUCUGAACUGAACGGGCUCAAGAAGCGUGUGCGCCAGGCCGACGCUGCGCUGUCCAACACGAUGCUGCAGCUGCAGCUGAAGAGCGCGGAGCUCGUUUCUUCUAAGCUGGAGUUGCAGGCUGCGUCGUCUGAGGUGGCGGCAGCGCACAUGGCGCUGCAGGAUAAGGAGGUGGCUCUGCAGAUGGCGGACAAGCAGGUCGCCUCGCUCCUGAGCGAAGUAUCCCACGUGAAGGCCCGCCUAGCUUCCAAGGAGUCCGAGCUCGCCAAACUCCAGGCCACCCUCGUGCAAAAGGACGAGCAACUCUCUGCGAUCCGCGCCGACUUCGACGCGCAGAGCGUGAAGCUCUCGGAGGCCGGCUCGGUGAUGUCACAGAUCACGUCACUCUCGCAAGCGCUCGUGGACGCGGCGGGCGGCGCCGGCGUGAAUGUGGACGAGAGCUCAGUGCUCGCGCAGACCAACUACGAGCUGUUCCGCACGAACCGGGCCCUGUUGGAGCGAGAGCUGGAGCUGCAGAAGAUGCAGGAGAUGCAACUGCAGGCUGUGUCCCAGAACGAGGAGGUGGCUGCUGAGCUGGCGGUUGUGCGCGACAUCCUGGUGACGAAGGAUGCGGAGCUAGAGCAGGCGCGGCACAUGCUGGCGCGCAAGGAGGAGGAGCUGCGCCGCCUGCUGACCCGCUGGGAGGAGCGCGAGGCGCAGCUCGUGCAGGCGCGCACGGAGGUGAUUGACGAGGCCAAGGGUCUGACCACCCUGCACGCCUUGGCUGCGAAGGGGGGCGCGGUUGCCGCCACAAACGGAAACGGUGCUGGCGGGAAAGUCAUCGAACAGCUCGAGAUCGAGGUGGCUCGCCUGGAGGCCGAGACCGCCCUCGUCGCCCUCCAGAGCCUGACCCAGCUGAGCCACGAGCUCCGCGAGGAGUGCAUUGUUGACGGCACCUGCCGCGCUGACGUCAGCAACGACGUCAGCCUCGCUGGCGUCCUGGCUGCCGCAGCUACUGCGCCGGCCGCCGCAGACGGGGAGGUGAAGCAGCUGGAGCAGCUGAAGGAGCAGUUGAACGAACGCGAUGCGGCGCUGGAACUCGCGAAGGGGGCGAUGGACAGUUUGACGAGGCUGACGAAGCAGCUUGUGGUGGAUGCGGGGGUCGACUUUGGAGGGGGCAUGGAAGCGGUGGGCGCAGCAUAGGGAGUCGGUUUGUGAAAAGCGUCGGGAGUUGCGGCGGAUGAUUGGAGAUGGGGCAUCGCGGGUGGGGCGCUAUUGAGAUGAAGCGUAAAGCGUGGUUGACCAAGGAACAAGAAGAAUCUGGUGGCGGGAUCUGCUGCGAAGAGUGAAUAAUGGAGCAUAAAAGAGCAAAUGGGAUGUUGGACACUUCAAAGUUGAAUGGACGGUUAGGGGCAAGUGGUUGGGACUUCAAAGGGAUUGCUGGGUUUGUCAAGGAACUCAUGUGUACAUUCGAUUAGGAAGGUCCUCUGAAGCACUUGGUGUGGAGGUGGCGACGGUGAUGCGUGGAUUUGGCGGCCAUACCAUCGGGUCAAGGAGUUGGCGGUUAAUUGGGUAAGGAAAGAAGCUGCAGGCCAGUGAGUACGAGGGCCAUCGCAUUCAGUUUAUGUAAGAUUCGCCUUGGUUUGUUUCUGGUAAAGGGCGUUGCUUAUGACACUAAGUACUAGUCAAACGCUGGUAAAAAUCGUAUGCAGACGUUUCGUAAUACUGCUACCUAUAUAAGUAGCAUGCGUAGUCAUAUGUCAGUAUCUGGACUACGCGUAGCAAGCAUGUAAUCUAGGCUGUCGCGUUUUCCAAUUUGUAGCCAGCUCUUUUUGCAUUUAUGGAUCGCUCUUGUAAGGAUACCCUACUCUCAAGUUCAAUUGAACACCGGCUUAUUAGAUACUGCAGAAGUGGGACCAGUAAUGGCAUAAGCGAAUCAAAGGUGCUCCUGUCUCCGAAUUAAGCAGGUCGAGAAUGCUACCAUGAGGAGAUUUAGUAUUGUGCU